AUGAACUUCAACAUAAAUUCCAAAAUUCCUCUUCAGACUCGUACACAGAUUGCCACUCAAAAAAUAGCUGAAGCCAGAAGAAGCCAAGAGGGCCACUUGUGACUGGGAUCUGAAAUUGAGGAGGAUGGAAAGGAGGUAGAGAAUAAGGGGUCGAAGAGUGCUGAUGAGGGAUAUGAGCAAGAACAGAAGGAGAUUGAUGAGAAGGGUCAGUCGAUCAUUCAUGAGGAUGUGAAGGAGAUGUCUUUUGAGACGAAUAUGGGGAAUGAAGUGAAAAAUGUGGGUUCUGGAACUGAUAAAAGAUCUGAGAAGAUCCCUGAGGAAUUAAGAGUGGACCAGGAGCAAAUGAACUUGUACAACAACAUAUUUUCCACUAUGCAAGAAUAUGACAUGGCCAGCAGUAUCUUUGGCCAGUGGUGUGAAUUGAAAAGGGUAGUCGGGCCUUACAUCGCCUCUAAAUUUUGAACUGUCAUGAUUCCUAAUGUGUCCAGCAUCUGGAUUAGCUCAAAAGGAAUCAAAAAUCUCCAGACUUUCUUAUCUCAAGCAUUUCCAAGAGAAAUAAUUUACUUGAUAAUCGAGCAAGUGAUCGGACAGAAAUCUCUAAGCUACUUAUUGUCCCAUAUUUUGAGAAUUAGCCCAAGGGUAUUGAUACAGGUAUCUCUUCUGCACUGCAAGAUUACUGAAAGGCAUUUCAAGAGGCUCGUAUCAGCUUUCAAGUACCUUACAAAUAUCAGUUUUGAGCAGUGUCAGAUCUCUGCUCCAAGAGUUGCUAACUUAUCACUUGCUCUUGAGAACACCGAGCUUGAAUACUUAAGAUUGAUAAAUUGCAGCAUCUCUAGUCACAAAGAUGUGACUGUUGACUACCAAGAACUGCAGAAUCUUAUAAAAGGGCUUGCCACGUCUCCAGACCUAAAAGAGAGUUUACUAGAAAUCCAUUUAGGUAAUAUGCCGAUUGAGGAAGAAUUUAUCAGACGUCUACUUGAGGAUAAUGGGUUCACAGAGGUAAAACUUGUAAUCUUUAAAUAAAAUACAAUUGUGUCAUUCAACUUCAACCAAGUCUA